CCUGUUUCGGUCUGAUGCGAAGGAGGAGGGGGGAGUGAGCUGAGCUGGAGGAGCCUUGUUCAGCCAUGUUAGUUUUCUCUGCUGUUCACAAACGAUGAGAGAGAGGAGCCAUGGCCUUGUCAUUGAGCGGAGACGAUGAGGAAUAUGAUUCAGAGUCUGAGCAGCAGCGGGCAGCCAACCGGCCGAAGCCCCCAAAGAUGGCCGGGACGACGUCGGCUGUUAAGCUGCCGUCCAAUCGCAGUGCAUCCGGAGCGCGGCGCAGGAGGACGCGCUGCCGGAAAUGCGAGGCAUGUCUCCGGACCGAGUGUGGCGAGUGUCACUUCUGCAAAGACAUGAAGAAGUUUGGAGGGCCUGGACGCAUGAAGCAGUCCUGUAUUAUGAGGCAGUGCAUUGCUCCUGUUCUGCCUCACACAGCGGUGUGUGUGGUGUGCAAAGAGGCAGGGAAGGAAGACACACUAGAGGAAGAGGACGACAAGUUCAACUUCAUGCUGAUGGAGUGCUCAAUCUGCAACGAGAUUGUCCAUCCAAACUGUCUGAAGGUGAGCGACGCCUCGGGUGUGGUGAACGACGAGCUUCCAAACUGCUGGGAAUGUCCUAAAUGCAACCACGCUGGGAAGAGUGGAAAAGCAUUGAAGCAAAAAAGGGGUCCAGGGUUCAAGUAUGCCUCCAACCUCCCUGGCUCUCUGCUGAGGGAACAGAAGCCUGUGAAGGAGGAGGGGGACGCAGCUAAGAGGAGAUCAGACAGAGAGGAGACGCCCAGGUUCAGACCCGAGGAGUCUCUGCACAGACAGCCUCCUCUGCUCUCCCCCUUCGGCCUGCCACGACCACGGCCGGAGGAUAAACUGAGGAAGAAGAGGAAGCUGUUUGAUGAUGAUGAGGAGGAGGAUCUGGGGGUGAGGAAGAGGGAAAGGUCAGAUGAUCCUUAUUUCUCCAAAUUCCUGCACCAAAUCAAGAAAGAGGAGGAUGAUGAAGACGCAUACGAGGAGGAGAAUGAACGUGGAAGGGAGCCUCACUUCAGGAUUGGUGUAGAAAAGCGAGGACGUUUUGGAGACCCUGGAGAAGACGGGGAUGAGAAGGACUUAAAGAGUGAACUUUUGAAUCCUUGCAUCAAAACGCCGGUUGGAGACAGCGACCAGUCUCACUGCAGCUCUCCUCAGGCCGGCCCCAGCAGCGAGGGUGGUAGCGAGACUCAAGAAAAAGGUCCACGUCCAAAAGCCCGCCGUAAGCGACGUUUACCCAACAGAGAACUGAGCCGAGAGCUGAGCAAAGCACUGAACCAGGAGAUACAGAAGACGGAGGACUGCCUGGCUAAUGAGAACAGACAACCCCUCAAGGUGGAGCCCGAGUCCGAAAAUGAGGAACCCAAGAGGUUGUUUCGCAACGGCAGCGAACUCGGGGAUCAGAGGUCCCACCUCAAAACCAAAGAGAUGAACGGGACGCCCUGGGAGCUUCGCCACUUCUACCCGAGUCAGAUCACUCCCCUGGGCUUCAACAGGAGCACCCCAACCAACCGGCCCCCGCCUCCACACUCCCCACCCAAGUGUGUCCAAAUGGAGCGGCACGUCAUCAGGCCUCCUCCUAUAAGCCCUCCUCCGGACAGACUGCCACUAAAAGAUGGUAAAACACACGUCAUACAGCGUGAGGUCUGGAUGAAGAUCUUUGGCUAUCUCACACACCAGGAGCUGUGUUUCUGCAUGAGAGUGUGCAAGACGUGGAAUAGAUGGUGUUGUGAUAAGAGACUUUGGACAAAGAUCGAUCUGAGCCGCUGCACAUCCAUCACACCACUUAUGCUAAGUGGGAUUAUCCGCCGACAGCCGGUUUCAUUGGACCUCAGUUGGACAAACAUUUCCAAGAAACAAUUAAGCUGGCUCAUUAAUAGAUUACCAGGAAUGCGAGUGUUAAAGCUAUCCGGGUGUUCUUGGGCUGCUGUUUCGGCGCUCUGCACCUCCAGCUGUCCUCUGCUGCGUAUCCUGGAUGUGCAGUGGGUGGAGGGACUCAAAGACCCACAGAUGAGGGACCUCCUCUCACCCCCAACAGACAACAGACCAGGUCAACUGGAUAACCGCUGCAAGUUACGGAACGUAGAGGACCUGCGGCUGGCCGGACUGGACAUCACUGACACGUCUUUACGCCUCAUCAGUCGCCAGAUGCCUUUUCUGACCAGUUUAGACCUGAGCUACUGCAACCACAUCAACGACCAGUCAGUCAACCUGCUGACAGCAGCUGGGACCACGACGAGAGACUCUCUGACAGACAUCAACCUGUCAGUGUGUAACCGGGUCACGGACCAUUCCCUGAACUUUUUCAAACGCUGUGGAAGCAUCUGUCUGAUCGAUCUUCGCUUCUGUAAGCAGGUGACCAAAACAGCCUGCGAGAGGUUCAUUGCAGAGAUGUCUGUGAGCGUACCAUUCAACCUGAAAGAGGACAAACUGCUGCAGAAGUCAAGCUAGUUCCUAACAGGAAUUUAAAUGGCAGACUCUCUUUGCACUUCAUGGAACAAUUUUUUUUAAUAUACUAACGCCUCCUGUGAAACGAAUUGAUGUCACAAAAACAAACUGAAAUGAGGGACAGAUUUCUGGAUGAAGAUCAGUCUCUGUUGGGCAUUUACUGGACUUCUACAGUGAACACGUCAUGCAUGUACCUGUGUUAUCUUCUUUUUGUAAUUGACUGUUGGGUUGUUUAUUUUUAUUCUUUAAAUAUUUGAAAACAGUAUUUUUAUACAAGCAUCAUUUCAUGAGUUUGCAGUUUCUCAGGAGCAAAGUCUCACUGAGAGGCUGUACAGCACUGUUCUCUUUCUCAGCUUGCCUUCAUCAAUGUGCCAAAAUUUGACAUCAACAUAACCUGAUCACCAGACACAAAGUACCAUCUACAGUCAUAAAUAUCUUCUCUAAUCAUCUUAAAUACUGUCUCUAUAUUUAGAAUGUAUUUAAUUAAUGUUCAAACUGAGUAAACAUGUUCCAGAUUCUUGUUACACCAUCAUAUCUUCCCCUACUUUCAAACAUUUUUUGGAUCAUUGAUGUGUUCGAUGGGGUUUUCUCCUCCAUUUCAACAUUAAUUUAUUGACUUUCUUUUUAUAACAGUAUGUAUUUAUUCACUUAUUUUGUAACUUGACGUUUAUGUCUCAGAGCUGAGUCAAAUUCUUCUAGCAAAUAAUUUAUCUCAGUGGUUCCACAGUUGUUGAGGUUUAUCUCCUAAAAGCCAGUGACAGGAAGUUGGAGGUCAAAGACAGUUAUGUGCCGACAACUUACCGAACACUGUCUUUCUAUAAUAAAAUACAAUUUAUAAAGCAACAAAGUGACAGACUUAUGCAAAUAACAAUGUUGCAUAUCUUGAUUAAUAACUCCAUACAGUAGGUGUGUGUAUUUUUGGGUGUGUUGUGUUGUAAUCUAUCACCUCAGGUGAACGUGAUAAUGUUUAUAUUUGUAAAUGCAAAAACAAAGUGCUAAUAUGCAUUAAAAGAAUUUCAUUUGUACUA